CUCUGUUUAUUCCUCAGAAGAAAGCAGUGCGAGUAGAGCAGAGCAGAGCGCGCAGAAUAUUCUCAUUUACUACACUCUACCUGCAGCAGGAGGAGCGAUAUGCAGGACGCUUGAAUCAAAAAACAAACAAAAAUUAGCAGAGCUCUUAAACGGCACGGUUUGUCACCGCUUGGAUACAAUUUAGCGUUGAGAAGAAAGAUUUAACGGCAGCAAAUGAUUUUGAAUCCAGGAACUGUGCGCGGCAGAUGAAAGCGCCGACGUCGCGGCUGCUCUCUGAUCUGAAAGGAGGCGCUAAAGGAAGUGAUUGAUUGAUUGAUUGAUCUGAUGGAAAACUGAACUGCAACUUUUCAAUCGCGCCUCUCUAAACAAUUUCUGAUUGAUGGAGAAUAACAGGCCGGGGAUUAUCGUAAUCAAAGCGUUUCAAUUGUGACACUUUACAGCUCGUCUGUCGCGUCUUUAUAGUUUAGCGUUCUUUGGCGGAACGGACGAUUUCUUUGAAGUUUGACGCGCGCACGCUUCCAUCAUGGGCUGCACGGUGAGCGCGGAGGACAAGGCGGCCGCAGAGAGAUCAAAGAUGAUCGACAAAAACCUGCGGGAGGAUGGAGAGAAGGCGGCGAGGGAGGUGAAGCUGCUCCUGCUCGGUGCGGGUGAAUCAGGGAAGAGCACCAUUGUCAAACAGAUGAAAAUCAUCCAUGAAGACGGAUACUCAGAAGACGAGUGUAAGCAGUACCGUGCCGUGGUUUACAGCAACACAAUCCAGUCCAUAAUGGCCAUCAUUAAAGCCAUGAGCAACCUGAAGAUAGACUAUGGGGAAAGUGCACGUGUGGACGAUGCACGGCAACUGUUUGCUCUUUCUGCGGCUGCGGAGGAGCAGGGGAUCCUGACUGACGAUCUGGCCAAUGUGAUCCGCAGACUGUGGGCCGACAGCGGCGUUCAGGGGUGCUUCUCCAGAUCCAGAGAGUAUCAGCUUAAUGACUCCGCUGCUUACUAUCUGAAUGAUCUGGACAGAAUAGCGCGCUCAGACUACAUUCCCACCCAGCAGGACGUGUUGAGGACCAGAGUGAAAACCACAGGCAUCGUGGAGACUCACUUCACCUUCAAAGACCUGCACUUCAAGAUGUUUGAUGUCGGAGGUCAAAGGUCAGAGAGGAAGAAGUGGAUUCACUGUUUUGAAGGAGUGACAGCCAUCAUCUUCUGUGUGGCUCUGAGCGCUUAUGACCUGGUGCUGGCAGAAGAUGAGGAGAUGAACCGCAUGCAUGAAAGCAUGAAGCUGUUCGACUCCAUCUGUAACAACAAGUGGUUCACCGAGACCUCCAUCAUCCUCUUCCUCAACAAGAAGGAUCUGUUUGAGGAGAAGAUCACACGCAGCCCACUUACCAUCUGCUUCCCGGAAUAUUCAGGAGCCAAUAAAUACGACGAGGCUGCCAGUUACAUCCAGACCAAGUUUGAGGAUCUCAACAAGAAAAAGGACACCAAGGAGAUUUACACCCACUUCACCUGUGCUACUGACACUAAGAACGUGCAGUUUGUGUUUGACGCCGUUACUGAUGUCAUAAUCAAGAACAACCUGAAGGACUGUGGUCUCUUUUAAUGAUGGCGGCCCCGGUGAAUCAUGAGGAUGGUGUCUAUUCGUUUGAUGGGCCUGGUCAGUGGGUUUUACACAACACAUGCUAGACUGCCUUCAAACACCUAUCAGAAUCGUAAUGUGUUUUUGUUUUGUUUUUUAAUCGUGACAACCCGAAAUGGACAAAUCGUGAACAAGGAAAAGAGAAACUUCACCAAGUUCCGGCACACCAUCCUUCUUUCCUGAACCUCGUUUUAAAUCGGUUCUCAAUGUGUACAUAUUUAAUUUUCAGGCCAACGAUGAGUGGAAAGUCAGGAUUAUUAUUGUUUUCCUUGUUUCUAGUGAGCUUUUAGGUUUUGUUUUUUGACAGCAGGGUCGGGCGAACACUUCUUUUAUGGAUGUGCUGAUUUUAUCUAACUCAAAAUGCUUCUUUUGUAAAGUAAAUGUGAGCACAGAAAGAAAACGAGACAUCUCUCUUUUUGUAAAACGUCAACACUGAAUCCUCAUCCCAGACUCAAUCUGUAUAUUGUUGCAUGACGGACCAUCUGAACCUGCUCGAAAAAGCUCCAAAACACACAGCGUGACGUCCCUUCACACUCUCUAUAGCAUCAUCUCUGUCCACUAACGUGUAAAUAUAGAUUACGUCCGCCCUCACAUUUCCCUGUCCUCGUUACUGUACACCGUCUUUGAUUUUUGGCGCGAUGUCUGUGCCUUGUUUUCACUGUCUGUAGAUCAUAGGGCUGUUUUUAUUCACGCUAUCAAAUGGAAAGUGUACAAGUGUUGAGCACAUUUUAAGAGCUAAAUAAUAAUAAUAAUAAUAAAACUAGACUACAGUCUUUGGGUUAUUAUCUGAAUACCUUACUAAUUAUU